AUGACAAAGUUGCACCAUAAGUCGCUAUGCUUUGCCUACCUUUGGUGGUUUUUCUUGGGGCUAUUUGGUGCGCACCGCUUUUAUCUUCACAAGUACUGCACUGCGGUUAUCUGGCUCUUCACCGCAGGGCUCUUUGGAAUUGGGUGGCUUGUUGACAUCUGCUUAAUGCCCGGAAUGGUUAGUCACUAUAAUGUGGUGGUCGAUGGAAACCGUGCUCAAGUAAUAGAGGCCAACAAUAUGAGGCAUGCUGUAUAG